CCUCAACGGUACAAGCCCAGCACAGCUUCUCAGGAGUCUACGGCAACGUCAGAGCCAAGAUGGGGCGGAAGGAGAUCAUCUGCAGCUGGAAGAAAAGCACAAGUAAUAUUAAGGACGUGUUUGAAUUCAAGGGGAAAGUGGGAUCGGGGACUUUUUCAGAGGUGUUUAUGGUGAGAGAGAAGACAACAGGAAAACUCUAUGCCCUAAAGUGUCUGAAGAAAAAACACCUCGCUCAUAGCAACCUCGAAAAUGAAAUCAAUGUACUGAGAAGGAUACAGCAUGAGAACGUGGUGGGACUGGAGGAUUUCUAUGAGAGUCGAACGCACUAUUACCUGGUCUUGCAACUAGUGUCAGGUGGGGAGCUGUUUGAUCGCAUUGUAGACAAGGGGGCCUACACUGAGAAGGACGCCAGCACAGUGAUCAAACAGGUGCUGGAGGCUGUCAGCUACCUGCACCAAAACAGCAUUGUGCACAGGGACCUUAAGCCCGAGAACCUGCUGUACUAUAAUACAGAGGAGAAUGCAAAGAUCAUGGUCAGUGACUUUGGUCUGUCGAAGACGAUAGAGCACGGUGUGAUGUCCACAGCCUGCGGUACACCAGGAUAUGUUGCCCCUGAGGUUUUGGCCCAGAAGCCCUACAACAAAGCAGUGGACUGCUGGUCCAUUGGAGUUAUCACUUACAUCCUGCUUUGCGGCUACCCUCCAUUCUUUGAAGAUAACGAGACUCGACUGUUCUCAAAGAUCAUGAGAGCUGAGUAUGCCUUCCAUUCACCUUUCUGGGACAACAUCUCUGAUUCAGCCAAAGACUUCAUCAGGAAUAUGAUGGAGAAAAACCCCACAAAACGCUUCCUCACUGAGCAGGCACUCAGACACCCAUGGAUUGCUGAAAACACGGCUAAAGACGUGGACAUUUUUCAAUCUGUCUGUGAACAGAUGGAGAGAAACUUUGCUAAAUCCAAAUGGAAGCAAGUCUUCAACAUAGCCUCAGUAAUCCACCACAUGAAGAAACUGCAGUCGUCCCUCACUGAGCCGACCGCCUCACACCUCACGCCCAACAUCGUAGUACAGGACUCCCAGAAUGACCAGAAGGCACUGGGAACCUGCCACGAUGAGGCUGAUGCCCUCGACACAGACGGGAAUCCGGUUCAUGCAGCCAGUCGUCUAUCCUGCAGUAGCCCUGAGUCGGGCAGAGGUCCAUGUCCACCACUGAGAGCCCGUCACAGUGAGCCUGGCAACGCCCUCACCGUAGAAGGAUCAAGAGAGGUCACUAAAUUCCCUUCAGAGAUCGACGCUCCUUUCAGGCCAUCUAAGAGCAUGGAUGCUGUGUCCCAGAGGAAGGACCAGUCGCUUCAGUCUGGAGUGUGUUCUGUCAUGUGAUUGGCUGGCCAACCCGUGAUGAAUCUAAUGCAGUUUCUUUUUCGUCUCUUGAGUUGACGACACUCAGUGGCAUCCCUCUGGAUAUGAAGCCGUUGACACGUCUGCUGCUCAGCUCUUUCAUGUCAGCUGUGGUUCUCUGCUGUGGUUCCAUCGGCAGACACACACAGUAUACCUGCACUAUAAAAACACUUUAACUGGGAAUGACUGCAUAUCUAUAUUUAACACCACAAUAAAAAGGAAUUAAUUGAUUAUAAUUCAGACAAACUGUGUCACGGUGACAUUCAUUCUCAUCUAUAUUGUCCACAGUUUUUUAUUGUUUCCAUCGUAUUUGAUUGACAUGGUUGUACCUUGAACUCCGAUGGCUUCUAUUUUUUUAAUAAAACUGAUUAGCUGAGAAUUUAUUUUCACCAUUGCAAACUAUAACUAAAUCAGAGAAUGUACCUUUAACUUUAGUGUGUUGACUGUUCAACCUGACUGAAGAAUUUUGGACUUGUCUUAUUAUAUGCCCAUUUAUGAUGGAUUCAUUGAUGGAUUAUAUAUCCAAUUUCCACUUUACACCAAUAUGAAGGAUGUUUGUUUUUAUUCCUGAAAUUAAACUUCAUACUGGA